AAACUUCUAAGAAAUCUUCCCUGCAAGCAAGGUUGAAGGAACUUGAAGAGCAAUAUCUGGCAACUGAGGCUCAAUAGAAAGAAGAGGUUGGUGUUAAAUGAAUUGUGAACCUUAAUUCAGGUUUAGUUUGUCCGUCUUAAGAAAAACACACUUAACUCUCUAUUUUUUGCAUGUUAAAAAUGUACAAACAUCUACUAAAGCGAAAGAGGUUGAUUUGACUUCUCAGAAUCAUAUGCAAAAACUCCACGAUCGUGAUUCGUUGUAGGAAAGGGUUGUGAAACUUGAAGAAGAGUUGUAGCUUACAGAGACCACCGUAACUAAGUUGGUUAGUUAAAUGUUUUUGCUCCAUGCCUUCUUUUAUACAAAAUGCUCAUGACAAUAAUUUCAGACAUAAGUCUUCUUGGGAAUAAUUUGUUGCCAAUCUUCGUAAUCUCCAAACACUUAUCAAUUUCAAUGAAAAAUGUUAAUCAUCUGGAUUGUUGGUCUAAGAGAAAGAGGAGAGUUUCGCAAAGACCUCUGAAUCGGAAGCUGCCAAGAGUCAUACGGCUGAAGAGCUUGACGCCAAAAACAAAACAAUCAUGUUUUUCGGAAAGAAAAUUGAGGAAGUUAGUUGUGUUGAAAAAAAACAUAUCGCAUUGUGAAACCUUUGUAUACUCACCUUGGCUUUGGCUGGGACUAUCGGAGGAAAAUGGUGUAUGUGGAUUAUGAACUAUGGAAGGAUAACAUCGAGGUAUACACCAUAACUUGUUCUCCUAGCUUUUUUCAGACUAUUAUCUGCUGUAAGUUGUCAACAAAUAUGAAAAACUUGCGUCCCUGACAGUAAACCUGCCAGGCCUAAAUAAUUUAGUUUAAAUUUCCCAAUAUUAUUAGGAAACCCUUUUUGUUACAGCUCAAAUAGUUAGGGUAUUGAAUACAAAUUAUCGACCCAAAAUCCUAAAUAAUAUGAGAUAAAUUACCCUACCAGCUGAAUUGAUGAACUGAAUCUGUAUUGGUCUUAUGCAGGUGCAUCCCGAAGCUUCACCUUACAGAAAGUAUGGAUGUCCACUUUAUGAUGAUCUAUGUAAAAUAUUUACAAAGCCCAUAGCUACUGGAAAGUAUGCUUUCUCACCUGAGAUGAUUACUCCAGUCACUAGCUCUACUUCACGGAAAAAUAAGGCUUAAGCUUGUACCUAUUAUAGCAGUUGAAUAUCAUGUAACAAACCACCUUAGAGUGGUUUGAUUUAGGGAAUGUUGGGCCCAAUAAUUUUGUAAACACUAACAAACUACCUUUUGUUUGAUUCAGAGAAUGUUAAUCCCAUAAUUUUGUAAACUUUAUGUUAUAAUUAAGUGUUUGUGCAUAGUAAAUAAGUUCUUACUCAAUAUAUUUAUAAGCACUAGAACAUCAUCAACACCAUAACUGAAAUACCCAGCUACAGUUGCGCGCAGCAUACCACUAGUUACUAAAAAAGGAGGACUGGAAAGUCAAAUGAACAGAGUUAACCAGUUGUCCAGGUUCAAAACCUGCAAAACCCACAAACAUAAAACAGUGAAACAAAAGUAAAUAAGUAAUACAGAGAAAUAAAGGCAAGAAAUGAGCCGAAGCUCUCUCCUCCACGCAGCGGGACCCACAACCAUGGCUUUCUUCAAACAUCUCCUCGUUUCACAUUUUACUAUUUUCACUAACGGUAACCGUAACGAGCCGUAACGGUUACAGACUUGCAGUUACAUCUUCUCCCAUCUUUACGUCUCAUUUAACGCCUUCGUUUAACCCAAUCAAACGGAUCUACCUGACUACCUCACCCCCAAACUAACGUCGUCUUCCUUCUUCUUCACGUCGUCACGAACCACACAGCCCCUCCUCCCUACACCACAUUUUUCUCUCUCCUCACCAUUUCUAUGGCUUCCUGUGACGACGAUUUCUCUCUCCUUGCCGGAGAUGAUCACCACCACCACCAUCAUCACCAUCUCCACCAGUUCAAUUCUCAUCACCGCUAUUUGCAACCAAAAUUGUCCUCCACCACCGUAUCCGCGAUCUCAAAUGACGCCGUGAAAGUAUCCUCCGCCGGGGGAGGAGCUGGAAGCUCCGAGAACGGCGGUGUUUUCGAAGUUAAUCCAUACGAGUCGUCUGAGUUUGACUCCGUUCCAGAUCCUGAAUCAGAUCCGAAAAAUUCUAGGGUUUGCACCGAGUCAGCUGAUAAAAGGAAGGACAGGGAGAGAGACGAUCUCAGCGACGGAAGCUACAAGAAGACGAGACUUGUCGCCGGUGCCGGAGGUGUUCUGGUUUCCGGCGCCGGCGAUUACAGGAAGGAUCGAGAAGAGUGGAGCGAUACGGCUAUUGAUUGUUUGUUGGAUGCUUAUACGGAUAAGUAUACGCAGCUGAACAGGGGUAAUUUGAGGGGGAGAGACUGGGAGGAGGUGGCAGCUAUUGUUAGUGAUAGGUGUGAGAAUCAGCACAAGAGCGUGGAGCAGUGUAAGAACAAGGUUGAUAAUUUGAAGAAGAGGUAUAAGUUGGAGAGGCAUAGGAUGAGUAGCGCAGGCAUUUUGGUUAGUCAUUGGCCUUGGUUUAAGAAGAUGGAAGCUAUUGUUGGGAAUUCUUUGUCGACUAAGUCGGCUUCUGAUGACGAUAAAAUCAGCGGGUCAAGUGGGAAUGCUGGCAGGCAGCAUAAGAGAUAUUCUGUGGGAACACCUGGUUCGGUUGGUCAGGUGAAUCACAUGAAGUCCAAAUCUAUAUCGAACUCGAAAUGGCAGAGGGUCGUUUUUAAGAUCAGUGGUGCUGCUUUAGCUGGCAAUGGUCCACAUAACGUUGACCCUAAGGUAGUUAUGCUAAUUGCUAGAGAGAUUACCAUGGCUCACCGCCUUGGAGUACAGGUAGCAAUUGUUAUUGGUGGGCGUAAUUUUUUCUGUGGGGAUACAUGGAUUACUGCGACCGGUGCUGAAAGAUCUACCACUUACCAGAUUGGGAUGAUGGCAACUGUGAUGAACUCGGUGUUGCUCCAGUCAGCCUUAGAAAAGAUGGGUGUUCAGACACGUGUGCAAACUGCUUUUACUCUGCCAGAGGUGGGUGAGCCAUACAAUAGACAACGAGCAAUCAGACACCUAGAGAAAGGCAGAGUGGUGAUCUUUGGUGGAGUUGGUGGUGGUUCAGGAAAUCCCCUCUUUUCAACUGACACAACAGCAGCUUUGCGCGCAACUGAUCUUAAUGCCCAGGCAGUUCUCAAAGGCAUCAAUGUUGAUACUAUUUAUGACUGUAAUUCAAGAAGUAAUGGCCUUACAUUUGAGCACAUUUCCUUUAGAGAAGUUGCUUCCAGAGGUGCCUCGUCUAUGGACGUGAUGGCAUUGACAUUUUGUGAAGAGAAUGCUAUUCCUGUUGUGGUUUUCAAUCUUCUUGAACCUGGUAAUAUAUCGAGAGCCCUAUGUGGUGAGCAAAUUGGUACACUAAUUGAUCAGACGGGAAUUGUUAGCUAACAUCAAUAGCAUGAUAUAUGUUUCUUCAUUACGGGUUGUAGGUUUUUUUGUAAGUAUAUAGAUGUAAAACUGAACCACAACAAAGCCUUUGGUCACUCUCUAAUUAUGCUGGGGUGAUCUUGCUUCCGCACAAUGCUUGAAGCUGCAGAUGACUGACUUGUGUAUCUAUGGGUGAAGCAAUAUUUUGUUGAUGCACUUUUGAUUUAUCCACAGUCCUUAACAAACAACUUUGGAGGUUCGAGCUGUGGGAUGCUGCCGCCUACUACUUUAUCAACCAUAGAUAUUAUGGUUACUAAUGCCCUCAUUAGUCAUUAGUGGCAGGCUGAGCAGCUAGAUGUAUUUAUACUCCUAUAGAAAGUUUCCCCCUGCUCCUGUAAUUUUUUGGCGUAUUUGAAAGCCUAUAUCUAGGUUUUUCUUAAUCACUGGCUGUGUAUUUAUAGAAUAAUUAGUAUUUAGAGGAUAAGUAUUGUGGGGGAUUCUGAAUGUUGUAGUUACGGCGAUAUAUAAUUAUAAAAAGUUGUAUUUAAGUUUCA